AUGGCAACGGCGGGGGUGAGGAUGGAGAGCGCGGGGGACCGGGCCGGGCCCCGCGGGGGCAGUAUUUUUGAAGAUGAAAGUGUGAAAUUGCGACAGCUGAAACUAGAGAACCAGAGAGCUCUUCUGGAGAAGAAGCAGAGGAAGAAACGUCUUGAGCCCUUGAUGGUGCAGCCAAAUCCAGAAGCAAAGCUGCGUAGAUCAAAGCCCAAAGGGUGUGAGGAGCAGACUCCCUUAGUUGAGACCCACACCCCUUUUCACAGCGAUGUUGUCCUGCAUGGCAUUGAUGGCCCAGCUGCCUUCCUGAAGCCAGAAGUCCAAGACUUAGGGACCAAACUCCAAAUCCUCUCCGUAGGAUCUUCCACAACAGAAGACGAUGCAGAUCAAGACAACGAUGAGGAGACCCUGAUAGAUACAGCUGCCAAGCCGGAUCUGCAAGAAAUCCUACAGAAACGAGGGAUCUCAGGCAGUUUGAAUUUCGAUGAGGACACUGAAGAGGAGGAAGAAGCUGGAAAGAGGUCAAGAUCACAUUCACCAUAUUCUGAAUCUAAGAGGCCUAGUUCCGCAACCAGCCAGAAAUCUGCUACAGUCUUCUCACAGGACACAGGUGCUUCCUGCACUGCAUCCCCAGAGACAGAUGCACAGCUGGGAGAAGUGGAGAACUUGGAGGAGUUUGCAUUACGCCCUGCUCCCCGUGGCAUUACAGUGAAGUGUCGAAUCACUAGAGAUAAGAAAGGAAUGGACCGAGGCCUCUUCCCCACCUACUAUAUGCACCUGGAAAGGGACGACAACAGAAAGACGUUCCUUCUUGCAGGGAGAAAACGGAAAAAGAGCAAAACAUCCAAUUAUCUCAUUUCAAUUGACCCAACAGAUUUAUCCCGGGAAGGGGAAAGUUUCAUUGGAAAACUCAGGUCCAACCUUAUGGGAACAAAAUUUACUGUCUAUGAUCAUGGAGUUAGCCCAGGCAAGGCACAAGGGCUAGUAGAAAAGGCCCAUACCCGACAGGAGCUCGCAGCCAUUUGUUACGAAACCAAUGUCCUAGGAUUCAAGGGCCCCAGGAAGAUGUCCGUGAUCAUUCCAGGGAUGAACAUGAACCACAAGCGGAUUCCAAUCAGACCACGAAAUGAACAUGAGAGUUUGCUAUCAAAAUGGCAAAAUAAAAACCUGGAAAACCUGAUUGAGCUGCACAACAAGGCUCCAGUCUGGAAUGAUGACACUCAGUCGUACGUCUUGAAUUUCCAUGGGAGAGUCACUCAGGCCUCGGUGAAGAACUUCCAGAUUGUCCAUGAGAAUGACCCUGACUACAUUGUGAUGCAGUUUGGUCGUGUAGCAGAAGACUUGUUCACUCUGGACUAUAAUUACCCCCUGUGUGCCCUCCAGGCCUUUGCCAUUGGACUCUCCAGCUUUGACAGCAAAUUGGCAUGUGAAUGA